CAGAUAUUGUAAUGGAAAUGACAUUACUUCAUGAAGGUCAAGACAAUGCUGAAGCCAGUGCUGAAGCAGCAAUUGAGGAUGUUGUAAGUCCCAUCAGAAGAGAUUCCUUUUCCACAUCGCAGAGUCCAGGAAUGCAGCCAACAGCCAGCUCUCCACGGCUGAAAAUAACCCAUGGACAACGACGGGGCCUCUUGCUGUCGGAACCUAAAAGUGACAACAGAAAAUCUCCAGUUCCUUUCAAUUUUGAAUCUUCAUCAGCUUCAUCUUCACUAAGUGAGAGUGAAUCAAGUCCGCGGAGAAGCCCACAGGCCAAACGGACUAAUGAAGCAAGUGACAAGGAAAUGUCCCAGACGGAAACCGUGUCAUCGUCAUCCACCAGCGGGGACAACAUGCUAGGAAUGAAGAAAUUCAAGCGAAGAAAUCAAGCCAUAUAUUCAUCGGCAGAAGAAGACAUGUAAAUACUAUUGAAAACAGGUGCAUGAUUCUUGUGGUGAAUGUGAAGUGAGCUGAUAUUUUAAUGUCUCAUAAUGAGAAGAGAUUGGAUUUUGCUCUGUCCAGUGAAGGUGUGUGAAUGAAUUUUUGAAAUCCAUUGUUCAUGAAUGGAUAUAAAAUUGUAUGUUACUUUUUUUAUAUUUUUAUAAUACAAAGUGGCAAUACUGUUUUGUCUAGUGCUAAGGUGCAAAUUUUGUAAUCUGCAUGAUGUGCAGACAGAGGGGUUUGACAAGGAAUGAAUGACUUUGUGAUUGCGUAAAUAUGUAAAAAUACUCUUGAAAUUACACAGGUAUUGUGUGAUCUGGUACAAAGUUUUAAAAUUUGCUUCAUUUUGUUGCACAUGUUACUUUUUGUUUUCAUCGUAGUAACAUUGAUUAAUGCAGAUUUGCAGAAAUGUUUUUUAUUAUCAGAGAUGAGGAAAUUAUUUGUAACAAGAAGUUAACAGGUUUUUCAUGUAGACUUUUGAAUGCUUCAGGUCCUUGAAUUUGUUAUUUUACCAAAAGACACAUUCUGUUUUGAAAGUCAGCUGUCACACAUUCUUGAAUUGUACAAACUCAGCCAUGUGUGAUUUUAAUUAUUAAGUCUGCAGCAUUUUUUGUUUCUCGAGCAGUCGAGCAGUUUUUCUCUCUGCUAUAUAGACCAUUUAAUUCUUGUUCGAUCCUUUGUUCUCCUUUUAGCAUAACCUCCUCAGUCUCUUUGUAAAACGGCUAACUUCGAAAAACGUUAGUUUGUUUUCCCCAAAAGAUCAUGAAUAUCAGAAAGAGAACCUUCACAAGGAUGAAGUGAAUAUUGAAAACUAUUUGUACUUUGAGGAGAUAAAAAAGUUCUGGGGUGCAGCCACAACAUGCACAAUGCAUUUCAAAGUUUUGGUUGUGUAAUGAAAUAAUUAUGUUCAUCUUUACAUCUUCUUGCUCUUCUUCACAUGUUAAACCACUGGUUGCUUCUUUUCUUAUAUUUCUUUAUUCUCUUGGUCAUAGGUUCACCUUUUUCUCUUGCAUUGUCUUCUUAAAUUUGCUUUACAUUCAGAAUUAAGACCAUUAUUUCAAUAUCAUUUCAAACUAUCUAUAGUGUUUCAUACAGUUAUGUAUACUGAAGACAGUUUUAUUAUAUCAUAACUAAGGAUAGUCAUGUUUUUGUGGUUGAGUUUAUUUGUGAAAGAAUAUCUUUUACUUAGUGAAAUCAGUUGUGUACAUUAUUUAUUUAUUGAUACAUAGAUAAUGUAACUAAAUAUGGAGAAAUCUAUAUUAUAGAAACUUUCUUG